AUGAUUUAUCUCUGCUUUUUCAUCUUGGUUUGCCUAAAUUUAAGCUAUGCUCAGCAGUAUUAUGAUCCAACUGGGUGUGCUUCUGAUGCUAGCUAUUCAGGCUCAAGAUACAUUUGCAAUAUGUUCCAAAAUUCUUGCAGAACAUUCUUGGUCUACCGAGCCAACCCGCAUUUUCAGACUGUUUCGAGUAUCUCGGAGUUGUUUCAGAUGGACUCUGAUGCGCUGCUUGGGCUCAACAAUCUUAAUUCUCCUUCUGAGGCACUCAGAGCAGGUAGGGAGGUUCUUAUUCCCAUUGACUGUUCUUGCUCAGGUCAAUAUUUUCAGGCAAGUUUCAGCUACAUGGUUUCCGAAAACACAUCAUACUCCGAGAUAGCUUGUGGCAUUUUCGAAGGCUUGCUGAAGUCCUUUACACUUAGUGAGGAGAACUUUUCCCAAGAAAACAAGCUUAAGGUUGGUACUGAGCUUCUUGUGCCUCUAAGAUGUGCUUGUCCUGAUAGCAGUAGUGGAGACAAGUACCUUGUGACAUACCCUUUCGUUGAAGGCGACAGCCCAAUCAUAUUGAGCCAGAAGUUUGGCAUCUCUCCUGAAGAUUUAUGGUCCGUAAAUCAUUUAGGACCAAGCCAAACUGUAUUUCCAAAAACAACUGUUUUAGUUCCCUUGAGAGCACCUCCAGUCUUAAACUUCAAUAUCCUAGAUUCUCCACCUCCAGCUCCUGAUUUUCUUCCCACAAAUCCUGUGGAAAAAACAGUUAAAAACACAAAAGUGAAGAAAUUGUAUAUAGUAGGGCCUGUUGUUGGGUUUUCUCUGCUACUUGCAGCAUUAAUUGCAUUUAUAAUUUUGUAUAGAAGGGCUUUAAAGAAAUGGAAGAGUGAGAAGCUCCAGUCCUUUACUGCUUUGAGCUCUCCAAUUUCAUGUUCAACAGUCAGAAGCCCUCUUAAAUCCGGUCAAACGGGCAGAAGCUCUCCAGUUUCAUCAUGUUUAUCUCCGGAUAUUCUUGCUGGAUUGAAGUAUUCUUUGUUCAAUUAUAGCUUAGAAGAACUCAGGAGAGCAACAAGGGAUUUCAAUGAAGAAAACAAGAUUGGUUCUCUGGUCUAUAGGGGGUUGAUAAAUAAUGUUGAAGUGAUGAUCAAGCAGAUGCGGUUUGAAGAUACCAGCCAUGUUAUUGAUGUACAUUCAAAAAUCAACCACAUCAACAUCUUGAACUUAGAGGCUGUUUCUUAUGGAGAAAAUCACUUGGCUUGGUCUUAUCUGGUUUUUGAGUAUCCAAGCAAUGGCUGCUUGAGGGACUGCUUGUCUAGUCCAUCUAUUACUCCUCUCAAGUGGCAUCGACGAACACAAAUAGCUUUUGAUAUUGCUACAGGACUUCACUAUUUACACUGUUGUACUUUCCCUUCAUGUGCACACCUAGACAUAAAUACUAGAAACAUUUUUGUGACAGAAAAUUGGAGGGCAAAACUUUCGAAUAUUGGAACUAUCUCUCCAUUUGGAUCUUCCGAAGGAAAUGACAAAGGAUGGGUUGCACCAGAGUACCUUCUGCAUGGCUCAGCUUCUGAGAAGGUGGAUAUUUUUGCAUUUGGAGUUGUUUUGCUUGAGCUCAUCUCAGCAAGAGAGGACAUUGAUGGAAAGUUUUUCAAAGAGUCCAUCAAGUUUUUGGGAGGAGGUGCUAGCGAAGGUGGUUUCCUCGAACAACUUAGGAGCUUCAUGGAUCCACAGCUGGAGGACUAUCCUCUUGCAGAGGCUUUAUGCUUAGCUGUUUUAGCAAAGGCCUGUGUGGAGGAUGACCCUCUCCAUCGGCCGUCCAUUGAUGAUAUCAUGAAAGUCCUUGCCAGAAUGGUCUGAUCAGAAGUUGAUCGAUAACGAAGAGCCAGAUUGGUCACCGAUUAUGGAAGAACACUUGUCCACUGAACUGUAACGGUGUAAAACCUGUGGUUGUUAAAGUUGGAUCAUAAGUGGUUCCAUGCCUCCUUUGUACAUAUUGUUUAUGUCUGUAAUA